AUGAAUUGUUUGCAGGAAUGUUUGCCUGAUGAGAUUGUCCAGAUGAUUUUAAGCAUUCAUGCUGAUUUCUUUGGGAGUGGUCUGGAUAAAAGAAUUUGGAAGUUCACUCCUAUUGGUGAUUUUUCUGUUAAGUCAGCUUAUAAUACAUUUUCUCUUGAAGCGAAUUUUCUACCGUGGCAGUGGGAGUUUCUUUGUAAACUAAAACUUCCUCCUAAGAUUAAAACCUUUCUUUGGUUGUUGUUCCAUAAGAAGUUGCUGACCAAUAAUCAAAGACAGAGAAGGGGCCUUGCUUCCAGUGCUCCUUGCCCCAGUGAUGAUUUGGUUAACUGCCAUUCGGGUGAUUUUGAUGCUUGGCUUUUGCACAAUCUGAAGUCUAAAAGAGUUGCUGGAUUUGUUUUGCCUUCUUCUGGGCCUCAUAAGUUGAUUUUGCAGUAUGCUAUGGUCUGGUUUACAGCUUGUAAGCCCAUGCUUAGCUCCUCUAAGAAGUGUGGAGUGCAUGUGCAUUGGCAUGCCCCUCUUCCUGGUUUUUUUAACCUCAAUACUGAUGGGAGUUGGAAAUCUGAUUCUGGUGCUAUUGGAGCUGGUGGCUUGAUUAGAAAUUCUGCAGGGAAUUGGAUUAAGGGCUUUUCUGUCAAUCUGGGUGUUGGUUCUACUGAUGGGUGCCUCUUCUUGCUGGUUCCGUUGCCUCCACUCAUCCUUUUUUCAGCUUGA